AUGGGCUCUGAAGUGACUGUGGGACCAGAGUUCUUUCGUAGGAACAUUCUCCAAGAGGUUCAGAGCCCACAUAUGCCAAAAGGUCCCUUCUUGCAUUCAAAAUUCCACAUGUGUUCCAAUGCACCCAGAGAAUCCAGUUUCCAGAUGCCUCAAGGGCCUGCAAGGGAUUUUCCUUGCCAAGUGUUUCAUAGUCUCCCAGUGACCCGAGGAAGUCCAAUGCAAUCAUGUCUUUCAGUCCCAGAAAGGGACCUAUGUCCUCAAGAGUCCCAAAGACCAUCAAAAAAAUCAAGUAUCCAAAUGCAACCAGGUCAUGUAAUGGACCAAGAGUCACCAACACUGAGAAGCCUCUUAGUGCAUCCAAGUCGUUGGAAACCAAGAUUCUCAGUGAAAUCUGGUUUACAAAGUACUCUAGGAUCUGUGGUGCAGUCAGGUGAACAUGGUGACCAACAAACCAGUCGCGUGGCUUCAAGGAAGGAGCGGAAAGUCCGAAUUACGUACACUGAGAAACAAAAGCGCGUGCUGCAAGACCAUUUUAAUAAUUGCAGAUAUCCAACCCAGAAGGAUCGCAUGGCACUGGCCUCACUGGUUGGUGUGACACACAAUGACAUCCAGGUCUGGUUCAAGAACAACCGGGCUAAGGACAAGCGCAAGAAUCGCCAGAAUAUUCCAGCAGCACUGCCAGAGACAAGUGGAGGCUCUGAAGCUGUUUCUGAGUCAACCCAUUUUCCUGAUUCCUUACCAGUUGUUGACUCUGCCAAUGUUGAGUCCACAUUUGUUCUGGAUUCCAUUCCAAAAGUCAACCAGAGCCAGGAAUUUUCUCUGUAUCCUGUUCAAGCCUGUGGUGGUGCCAGGUGUAGUCAGCAAGAAGACCUGCUUUAUGGCCAUGCCCCUGAUAGAGGCAAGGACUCUGCUCAAUCAGCAGCAGGUGAAGUUCAGACUGGCCUAGCAGUAGCGGAAGCUCCAUUAGCCAUGGUAUGUGCCACCCAAGGUCCACAGAGUACUCAAGAUUCAGGUCCAUCUGCUGAGGAGCUCUGGCAAAGGAUACUUGAAGACUUUGACAAGUCAGAGGAUUGGUACUUUUGGGGAUGCCCUCCUUCCCCAUGA